AAAAGUGCGCGCCAAGUGUACGGCCGUAUUCGCUGUGGAUUUCGCGGCGGUCCACACGGGAGUUAAGUGAGGGGCAGCGUGGCGUGGCGUGGUGUGCGCGCCGUAUCGGCGCCGCAGUGCGCGGGCGCGAGCCGGACUCUGCGCUUGACGGCGGCCGCGCAGCGCUAGUCGCCGCCGGACCACCAGCGCAGCGCCAGCAGCAGCCGGCAAUGCCCGCGGCAGCCGCCGGCGCACACGCUCCGCAGGCUGUGGCGAUGCGGGUGUCGCACAAGAUGUGGCUGCUGAUGGGUCUGGCCGCGUGCCUGGUGGUCGCGCAGUACCACGUGUCUACCACGUGGCUGCAGUCCCCGCUGGCGGGGCCUGAGGCGUCCACUGCCGCGUCCAGCGAGGAGGUGGUGCGAGCCGCGAUCGACAGACUGCGCCAGGCGCCGCACCGCCUGCCGGCCCAACUGGUGCACGAGCUGGCUCGUGAACUGGGCUGCCCGUUGACAGCGCUCGGUGCGGCCUCCGCCGCGUCGCCGUCCCCUUCGCCGCCACCCCCGCCGCCCCCGCCCCCACAGCGCACCGUGUACGUGAUCACCCCCACGUACCGCCGGCCCGAGCAGCUGCCCGAGUUGACGCGCAUGGCGCAGACUCUGAUGCACGUGCCCGCGCUGCACUGGCUCGUCAUCGAAGAUGCGGCCCAAACCACUCCGAUCGUCACCGAGCUGCUCGCCAGGACCGGCAUCCCCUACGACCACCUUGUCGCACCAAUGCCAGAGGAGUAUAAGAAGCGGAAAGGAGCCAAACCACGUGGUGUUUCAAACCGCAAUAGGGGACUGCAGUGGAUAAGAGCAAAUGCAACCACAGGGGUCUUUUAUUUUGCUGAUGAUGACAACACUUAUGACAUUCAGUUAUUUGAAGAAAUCCGAUCUACCAAGAGAGUAGCCAUGUGGCCUGUAGGCUUGUGCACAAAGUAUGGUCUUAGCACACCUGUGGUUGCAGAUGGCAGAUUUAAGGGCUUCUAUGAUGGUUGGGUUGCUGGACGCAAGUUUCCUGUAGAUAUGGCAGGGUUUGCAGUCAGUGUGGAAUUCUUGCUGCAGAGACCAAAAGCUUCCAUGCCAUUCAAGCCUGGCUUUGAAGAAGAUGGUUUUUUGAAAAGCCUGGCACCAUUUGAGCCCCAUGAAAUAGAACUAAAAGCCAACAACUGCACCAAGGUAUUGGUGUGGCACACUCAGACUAAGAAGAAUGAAGUAUCAGCAGCUCUAGACAUGAAAAAAUACAAUAAUACAAAUUUGGUACUUCUAAAGAAAAUAAUUGUGUAGGGCAGUUCAGUCACAGAUGAUAUAAAUGUAACUGAAGUGCCAUCAUAACAUUCAUAACCUGUGAUAUGAAAGUAUUUUCUGCUGAUUUCAUUAAUUGAAAGUCACAUUUCAUACUUCCAUUUAAAUACUGAAAAAUUUUCACACUAAAACUAGUAAUGAAUAUUUUCUUAUCAGUAAAUUCUUCCUUUGAUCUUCAGCUAUUGAGAUGAUAACUUUAUCAUACCCUAAAAAGUUCACAUCUUAAUAGUAAACCUAUAACUUUCUUCUAAAUCAAAGGAAAUACUCAUUUUUGAAAUCUCCUUCUACGUAUACCUUCAUUUGUAAAAGUAUUACCCAUAUCAUUGCUGUAACAAGGUGCUUUCCAUUUUAUAAAUUAGGAACUAAUAAUUAGCUUAAGAAAUUUGCAGCUGUGAUCUAUAAAAAUAUGGACUCAUACAUACCUGCUUGAACACCAAUAAGCUAUCAAUUGGCUGUAACGAUUGCUCCACCAUUGUUAAAAGUAGAAAAAGUAAGAAAGGAAUAGAAUAUUCAUUUGUGUGUGCCUCCAUGUGUAAGUCUGUGUGUGUGUGUGUGUGUGUGUGUGUGUGUGUGUGUGUGUGUGUGUGUAGAGAGAGAGAGAGAGAGAGAGAGAGAGAGAGAGAGAGAGAGAGAGAGAGAGAGAGAGAGAAAACAAAUGACCGUAAUGUAUGUACAAUGUGCUAGGUCAAAGACAUGAAGUGCUCAUAAACGCAUUUUGACUGUAGUUAUGCAAUACCUGAAUCACAGAGACCAGGCCAUUGUAGAACACAAUAAUAUAUUUAUUUGCCUAAAGUAGAUAUUCUAAAAUACCUGUGUCAUUCAGACUAUCAAUACAACUCACUCUGAACAAUAAACAAACAUGUAAUAUCCUAGUUGUAAGUACCUAUGUUAUCACUCUAGGAUUGUCACACUGGCAGGGAUUUUACAUGCCUUGAAUACAAUGUGGUUGUAAAUUGAUAAAUUAUGUUUUCAUGUAAUAAUGUACUGAGCCCUGUAAUUAUUUUGUGAUGAUGUCCAUUAACAAUACAAGCAGUCUUUUGACUCA